CCACCCAUACCAUAUGAACCUAAUGAAUUAUUUAGCCUCCUCCACCUCCCUGCACAAACACCAACCUUUUAUAUAGCGUCACCUCUUCUCAACAGCACCCUUGCCAAUUGCUACCCAGCCUCUUCUCUUCCUUCGUGUUCACCUUCCCUGCCCUGCUCAGGGGAUUGGAUCAGGGAAGAAGACAAAGCAGGCAAGGCAAGCACACGGCCAUGAUGGUGAUGGAGUUCAAAGCAGCCAUUCUUACCACCGCCGUGCUGGCCGUCCUCCUUUGCUCCCCGGCAUUGGCUCAGAAGAGCCCAUCCGUGUCGCUUCCCCCCAGCACCUCGCCGGCGCCGGCGCCAGCGCCACACUACGUGGACCUGGCGGCGCUCCUAAACGUGGCCGGCCCGUUCCACACCUUCCUCAGCUACCUGCAGAAGACGAACGUGAUCGAGACCUUCCAGAGUCAAGCCAAUAACACCGACGAGGGCAUCACCAUCUUCGUCCCCAAGGACUCUGCGUUCUCUGCGCUCAAGAAGUCCACCUUCUCCAACCUCACCAGCGAUCAGCUCAAGCAGCUGCUCCUCUACCACGCCUUCCCAUACUACUACCCGCUGUCCACGUUCAGGAACCUCAGCGCGCUCAACCCGGUGAACACGUUCGCCGGAUCGCCCUACACGCUCAACCUCACUGAUGACAUGGGCAGCAUCUCCGUCCAGUCCAUGUGGUCCAAGCCCAAGAUCUCCAGCAGCGUCUACGCCACCGAACCCGUCGCCCUCUACUCCAUCGACAAGGUUCUCCUGCCCAUGCAGCUCUUCAGCAAGGACCCGCCGCUGGCGCCGGCGCCGGCGCCCGCACCACAGUCCGGGGCGUCCGAUCUGGCACCCAGCCCCGGCGGUGGUAAAGCGGGAGGAAACGCCAAGGCCGACUCGACGAGCGAAGCGUACCGCGUCGGUGUCAGUGGGCUGCUUGCUACCGUGGCAGGUUGCUUGAUGCUCAUGUGGUGAUGAGAAAAAAGAUCAAGGGUUGGCAUUUGUAAGCGCUUGAAAAUUUGAUUUUGAGUUGGUUCAUGGAGUCAUUCUUUUGGACAUAGUAGGCAUGGUAUUAGAAAUGAAUUGGAUUAUAUACGUCA